GAAGCAGCAGGAGAAAGUUGAAGAAGAAGAAGGAGAAGAAGAAGCGAGCCGAGAUCAGGAGCAGGACAUCAGAGUCCAUGAGAGAGGAGGAGGAGAAGGACAAGCAGAACCCGGAGCACCGGAGCAACAAGGUCCCCAGAAGACAAGCAGCAGGCUCGUCCUCUGAUAGCAGCGAUGUUGAGGAACAGAGAGGAAGAGAGGAACUUAUACAUCACCACCGUGACAAAUCCUUCACAACAUCUGGAUCUUUAAAAAUUCAUCAAAGAGUUCAAACUGGAGAGAAACCAUACAGCUGUGACCAAUGUAAGAAAACAUUUUUGCGCUGCAGUGCCCUCAAAGCCCAUCAACGCAUUCACAUUGAAGGGGAACUGUCCAGUUUUUUCCAAAGUGGGAAGGAUUUCACAGAGUCAGGGACCUCAAAAAAACAAGACAUUGACACAGCAGAAAAACUGUUUAGCUGUGAUCAAUGUGAGAAAGCUUUCACCACUCUACGUAGCUUAAAAAGUCACCAACGUGUUCACACUGCAGAGAAGUUGCACUGCAGUAACCAAUGUGGGAAAACUUUUUCGCAGCGCACGUCCCUUAAAACUCACCAAAGAAUUCACACAGGAGAGAAACCAUACAGCUGUGAUCAAUGUGGCAAAGCUUUCGCACGAUCAGAAUACUUGAAAGCCCAUCAACACAAUCACACAGGAGAGAAACCGUACAGCUGUGAUCAAUGUGGCAAAGCUUUCAAAUGGUUAAGUAACUUUCAAGCCCAUCAACGCUGUCACACAGGAGAGAAACUGUACAGCUGUGAUCAAUGUGGCAAAGCUUUCAAAUGGAUAAGUAACUUGAAAAUCCAUCAACGCAGUCACACUGGAGAGAAACCAUACAGCUGUGAUCAAUGUGGCAAAGCUUUCACAUGGUCAAGUAACUUGAGAGCCCAUCAACGCAGUCACACAGGAGAGAAACCGUACAACUGUGAUCAAUGUGGCAAAACUUUUGAACGAUCAGAAUGCUUGAAAGACCAUCAACGCAGUCACACAGGAGAGAAACCAUACAGCUGUGAUCAGUGUGGCAAAGCUUUCACACAGUUAAGUAACUUGAAAUCUCAUCAACGCAGUCACACUGGAGAGAAACCAUAUGGGUGCGACCAAUGUGGGAAAAAGUUUUCCCAAAUCGGAACCUUAGUAUCUCAUAAACAUAUUCACACUGGUGAGAAACCGUACAGGUGUGAUCAAUGUGGAAAAUCCUUUGCACGGUCAGGGGCCUUAAAAGGCCACCAACGUAUUCACACAGGAGAGAAACCAUACUGGUGCCAUCAAUGUGGCAAAGCCUUUGCACUGUCAGGGGCCUUAAAAGGCCACCAACGCAUUCACACAGGAGAGAAACCGUACAGGUGUGACCAAUGUGGCAAAGCCUUUACACAAAGAGGGACCUUAAAAAGCCACCAACGUAUUCACACAGGAGAGAAACCGUACAGCUGUGAUCAAUGUGGCAAAGCCUUUGCACGGUCAGGGGCCUUAAAAGGUCACCAACGCAUUCACACAGGAGAGAAGCCGUACUGGUGUGACCAAUGUGGAAGAUUAUUUUCCCAGUGCAGUCAAUUGAGAACCCACCAAUGCCGGCAUGCAGGAGAGAACCCGUACAGCUGUGACUAGUGUGAGAAAGCUUUUAUUGAAUGGUAUGACCUAAAAAUCCACCAACGUGUUCACACCAGAGAGAACCUGUCCUGAUGUGAUCAAUGGUGGUAGUGACAUUAAAGCCCACAAAUGUGUUUACCCUGCAUUGUUUUGGACAUUUUCAGGGCCAGGCAAACAUCUUUCUACUGCUUCCUCCACAUGCCCUGAUAGCUGUGUUGAUAUCUUACUUUUGUCAUUGAUUAUUUUUAUUUCAACUGUAACCCUAUGUUGGACCACCAGAUUCCUCCCUGUAGGACUCCCAUGUGUGUGAGCUGACCACAAACCUUCCAAAAUCAAUCAUGCAACUGUCCGGGGCAAUGUUGUGGCUCACAGCGCACCCGCCCCUGAAGUGUAUCUCUGCGACUGGUGAGCCCACAGGAUGGUGACUCCAUGUUGAUCUUUGGGACUGUGCCCCACAGAGCCCCAUGAGUCAAGCCCAUGUAGAUAUAUAUAGGCUGAUUCACCAAAUAAGCAUGUGAAAACUGAUAUUGAUGCCUCUUAGCAUGGCUGUGAUCAAAGUAUUUGCAUCAGCCUGAGACCUCUAUCACAGACAGGCUCUGCAGUCUCAGACGCUGACUCAACAUGCUGAAUGAAAUGUUUAGUGACUUGACUGAUUUUUGGUCCUGUGUGCAGCUUCCCUCUCUAGCCUGCCUCCAGAAGGGGGCUCUGUUUCUGUUGUCAUGGCGAGGUGCUCCAGGGGCCUGUAUCACGAAGCAGGAUUAAUGUCUUAGCGAGGUAACUUCAGGGUUAACCCUGGGUUUUCGGUCUCAGAAAGCCGGUUCAGUUCUUAUCGGGGUAGAUCACCAUGGUAACUUACUCUGAACGGCUAUCCUGCUCUGGAGCAGGGUAAGUUCAGGGUUGAAUCUGAUCCUAUAAAAAGCACCACCCACUGGCCAAUCAGCUGUUCGGAAAAAAUGACUCCACUGACAGAAAUGCAGCCCAGUCAUGACGGGAAGUUUAAUUAAUUUGAUUGAUUUUGAUUUGAAAGUUUAUUUUGAACAUUAAAAAAGAAGUAAGCAACAACAACAGACAAUGAAAAGAUUCUUCAAAAAGGAGUGGAAAGAAGUCGAACUUUCAUCCCACCCUUUCAUAAGAACGCAACUGAUCAUUUGCGAACACUUAAUAGCACCAUUAAUUAGUGCCAACAUUUUGUUUUGUUGGAGAAAAUGAUCCCCGUUAAAGAUAAUGGGCCCAAUUCACAGCUUUGCUGCUGGAAGUGUGGAAAGUAGCCUAUCAUGUCUACACUUCAUGGUGUUUGAGGGAUUUUACUUUUUGUUGUUUAAAGAGGGAGACUAGGUAUAUUUUUGCACAGCUGUUAAUUUCGAACACUUUAGAAAUUAAUUUAGAUUUAAUUGUGGCGUCAGCUUUAAGCUUUAUUGUAGCAUAUAUAACGUUAUGACAAAGAAGACCAAUUUAUCAGACGCAGUGAUGUUAGAUGAUAAUUGUAAUACAUGCAAUUCAUCUGCGCAGCAUUGAUUUCAUGGGAUUCAAGGGUGUGAUCAGUGUCAGAUUUACAGGUACAGGUACUGUAGCUACUUGAACCAGUGAUGAGUAAUUUAACCUACACAUCAUUUUAUUUGCUACCUUGUUUUGUCUUGAUUUUUCUCUCUGUCCUCCUCUAUUUCUUCUUUCCUGACCCGUUUUUUUUUUCUUCUCUAUUAUGUGAUUUCAUUGAUGUUUUGACAGGGGAAUUUCUUUGAUAAGCUUUUAGUGGCUUCUAACCUUUCUGGCACUUUUCUUUAUUUAAUCUUGUAAAUGUUAUACUGUCUGUUUUUAACAUUAUGUGCAAAUAAACUAAUCUAAACUAAAACUAAACAUUAUUCACCACGCAUGGUUCCUCCUCCUGCAGCUGCCACGGUGUUGGCCUUUUCUGUAAUGUUGCUUUUCUCCUCCUCAUAUUUUAGUAGAAUUAAUCUCUGAUCCUCGCGAGAAAUACUUUUUUCCCCUCACAUACGGCGCUCUGUGAGGACGCUCAGUGACGCUGCGCUUCUCUCAUGAUUGUGAUUGGUCCGCUGCGUGCGCGUUCACGGCUCUUGAUAAAGGAACCCUGGGUUGAGUUACCGAGUUUAUAUCCAGCGCCGUGAUACCGAUUAUCCUGAUUGACAUUGUUAGGGUUAGUCAACCCAGGAUAGGUCUGGGUAACCCAUGAAAGGUUGAUCUUGCUUCGUGAUACAGGCCCCAGGUCUGAUCCAUCAGGGUCUGUGGACUCACUGUUAGUCUGGCCCCUCCCCUUGGACCACUUUGCCUCUCAAGACCCAACCAGGAGCAACGGCUGGGACACCACAGCUCCCAGUAUCACAGGGACAUGAAAACCCCUCCACAAUGUUCAGGUUUCCAGCUCAGACUGUUUGCUCCUGUUGAUGACAUCAGGACACCAAAGUCUUCUGAGCUCUGAGCAUCAUCAACAACUUAAAUACCAGAUUAAUAUGAUGUAUGUUAUCAUGUGUAACAUAUUUAAUGUCUUAUCCAGUGAGUUGCAUGUGUCCUAUGUUUGUCCACAUGUAGAAGACAGCUGAGUUUUUCUUCCUGAGCUCCACCUGUAUAAAGAUGGAGGCUGAGCAGGGCGGAGCUCUUCUUCUUUGUGACUCUUGUUGGAGGUACAGAGACAGAAGUUGAGUUGAAGCCUGUUUGUUUCUGUGUGGAGGAUUGUAAUGUCCAUAUCAUCAGAUGAGUUCAGCCUUUAAUAAAAAUAGUUUGUAGACUCUGC